AUGCGUGGCCGGACCAUUCAGCUGCUACUGAUCAGUGCUUUGACUUGUGGGUUAGAGCUCUGCAUGGCAGCUGGCACCAUCUAUGUCCCUCCAAUGCUUCUGCAGAAUGGGUUGGAGGAACGCUUCAUGACCAUGGUGCUUGGUGUUGGGCCUGUCCUGGGGUUGAUAUUUGUACCUCUGAUUGGCUCAACAAGUGAUGGUUGGCAUGGCCGAUUUGGUCGACGUCGUCCUUUCAUUUGGGCAUUGUGUUCUGGUGUGCUGAUUGGACUUCUACUUAUCUCUCAAGCCCCCCGUCUGGCUGCACUGCUCACUCAGUUUUACCCUUACGGGCUUAAAGUUCCACUUCUGGUCGCUGCCAUCUGUCUGUUUCAGUUCUGUGGCCAGGCCUGCUUCACGCUACUAGAGGCCCUCGUGUCUGACCUCUACCCUGGGGCCGAAGAGAGCCGUAUGGCCUUCUCUGUCUACACUCUCAUGCUAAGCGUGGGAGCCUGCAUCGGUUACCUGUUAUCUACAGUAAACUGGAGCACCCAACCCACUGCCAUCUACCUGGGGGGACAAGAGGCCUUUAUCUACAGUCUACUUGCAUUCGUCAUUAUUGUCUCUCUGAUAAGCACAGCUUUCGUUUAUGAGGAAAAUGCAAGGGGAGUGGGAACAGGAGAAGAAGGCUCCAAGAGGGCACCAAUCAUGUUGAGUCGCUUGUGCUGCCACUACUCGUUACUACGACCACAGUUCUUCCGGCGAGUACUGAACAGCUGUCUCUCUGUGUUGCCACAGCUGUACAGACUCUUCCACCGAAUGCCAUAUGCCAUCUGGAAGCUCUUCGUUGCUGAGUUGUGUGGUUGGAUGGCUCUCAUGACCUUUGAGCUUUUUUACACAGACUUUGUAGGUGAGGGCUUAUAUGGUGGUGUUCCCAGUGCUGAACCCAAUUCUCCGGAAAGGCUGCGCUAUGAUGAAGGUGUGCGUAUGGCUAGUCUAGGCCUGUUCCUGCAAUGUGUCACUUCAGUGGCCUUCUCGCUGCUGAUGAAUCGUCUGGUAGCAUGGGCAGGAGCCAGGACUGUAUACGUCAGCAGUAUGGUGCUGCUGGUAAUAUGCACAGGAGUGAUGACUGUCUCCUAUAAUAUUGUAUUGGUCACUGUCAUGGCAGCAGCAACAGGAUACACCUUCUGCAUCCUGCAGACUGUUCCCUACAUACUCACCUGCCUGUAUCACUCUGAUGAACAGGUCUUCAUGUUCAGAAAUAAACUGACACUGCCGACUUGUAAUGGUGACUUAAAGGUGCAGAAAUCAAGUUCGACAGCAUCUUCCGUCAAGUCGGAAAGCAAUGGGCACCCUGGUGGCAUGCCUGGUGAGGUGCCAUCCUCGGUGGUCUCCAGUGCUCCUUUGCAAAGCAUAAAUGUGCCCCAUCCCAUUGAUACGGAUUCCAAAUCCCCCCAGCAUUCCCGAGGCAUAGGCCUGGACAUAGCCAUCCUGGAUAGUGCUUAUUUGCUUUCUCAGGUGCUUCCUUCUCUUCUCAUGGGCUCCAUUGUACACUUUUUCCACAGUGUCACAGCCUACAUGGCCUGUGCCACUGGACUGAGCCUGCUGGCUGUCUACUUCUCAAGCAAGGUGAUCUAUGAUAAAGUGGACAUAGAAAGAAGCUGCUGA